AUGGCGCUUGCGUAUGAUCCUCUCUUCAUCACAUCCGACAAAUCCUCCACGGAGAUAUCCUUAGCGUCGAUUAAUUUAACCCAGGACGACCUCAAACGAAUCGCCGCUUACAAAGCCGUCGAAUUCGUCCAAUCCGGCAUGGUCCUCGGUCUAGGCACCGGCUCCACCGCCAAACACGCCGUCGACCGCAUCGGCGAGCUUCUCCGGCAAGGAAAACUCGAGAACAUCGUCGGUAUCCCAACCUCGAAGAAGACCCAAGAGCAGGCUCUGUCUCUCGGUAUCCCUCUCUCCGAUCUCGACUCGCAUCCCGUCAUCGAUCUCUCAAUCGACGGAGCUGACGAGGUCGACCCUGAUCUCAACCUCGUUAAAGGUAGAGGAGGGUCUCUUCUAAGAGAGAAGAUGAUCGAAGGAGCUUCCAAGAAGUUCGUUGUGAUUGUCGACGAGUCGAAGAUGGUGAAACAUAUAGGUGGAAGCAGGUUGGCUCUUCCGGUGGAGAUUGUUCCGUUUUGCUGGAGAUUCACGGCGGAGAAGCUCCGGGGACUGCUUGAGGGAUACGGAUGCGAAGCGAAUCUGAGAUUGGGAGAGAAAGGGAAGCCAUUUGUGACGGAUAAUGGGAAUUACAUAGUGGAUUUGGUGAAUGUGGAGAAAGAUAUGGGAGAUUUGGGACUAGUGAGUGAUGCGAUCCUGAGGUUACCUGGAGUUGUGGAGCAUGGGAUGUUUCUUGAUAUGGCUUCUACUGUUAUCAUUGCAGGUGAGCUCGGUGUUAAGAUCAAGAACAAACAUUGA